AUGACGCGCCUCCUGCUCGUCGACUCUCGCACUCUCAACCUCUUCGUGGCUCUGCCCCGCUCUUCCUUGUCUUUGCGCGGGCAGGGCCACAUCUCGUGCGCGGCGCUCUGGCGAUCGGCUCCGUUGUGGUCAGCCGGGCUCACGUCCAUCGAUCUGCGACGCACCAGAGUGGACGAUAAGUUCAUUGCGCGCCUGGGCGCCAGCGAGGCGGCGGAGACGAUUGAAUGCUUGAACCUGUCGCAGAGUCAGUACAUCACCGACGCAGCGAUCGCACAUCUGCGCGCCUUUCCUCGUCUCCGACAAGGUCUGCCGGCCUUGGUCUCUCUACGCCUCGUUGGCACCGAAGUCACCUCAAUCGGCUGCCUCCGCUUUAUUCGAGAGCGCGACGGCACGGAGAAGCUGACCACUUUCACGGUGCCCUACCGCUGGUACAGUACUGGCGCCACCAACGACUGGCUCGAGGUACUCGAGGAGUGCUGGCGCCGCUGCCCGCGGCUCACCCGCCCGCCCUUCCCGCGCAUCCGCUGCCGUUCGCUGCUUCGUAUUAUGGACGCCUGCGCCGGGGCCGGGCUCGGCCACGCCCCGCCCGAGCUGCGCGAGCUCUCUCUGGGCCUACUCACAGACCCGUGUGCCGAGACGGGCCACGGCCACGAGGCCGCGACGGCCAUCGCCGCCUGUCGCGCGCAGCUCGUGCGGCUCGAUCUGUGCAGCUUCCACGGGCGCGACUUGGCCGCGACCCCCGAGCUCGACCGGGCCAUCGCCUCGCUCGGCGAUCGCCUGCUCGCGCUGCGGCUGGCCCACUUCGACGCGGCGGCGAGCAGGUGGUCACUUCCCUCCAUGUCGGGGCGGCUCGAGACCCUGACGCUCGACCGAAUCCGGUGCCCGUUCGUAGGGCUGACGACGGCCCUGUCCGGCCUCGGCCACCACCUUCGCCACCUGUUCCUCGAGUCGUGCACCUUCACCACCACCUCCACUACCGAAGAGCUGACGUCAGCAGAUGAUGAUGACGUCAGCCGCGACUGGGGCGCGAUGGUGGCGGCGCUGGGCCGGCUCGAGCGCCUGUGCUGGUGCGCCUCGGCCUUUUCGCCGCCGCGCGCGCUGCGCGUAGCGAUCGCGCACCCGCGGCUCGAGCGGCUCGAGCUCGGCGGGAGCGACCCGGAAGACGGCCCCGCGCUCGAGCUGGAACGCCUCGCGUGCCCGCAGCUGCGCCGGGUGGUGCUGGAUCUCGAGCGUCUGCGGUGGGUCGGCCAGCACACGCUGGCGGCCGCGCUGCGCGAGCAAUCACCGGCACUGGAGGAGAUCGACAUCGACGACGGCGGCGUCAUGAGGCCCUUCGCCCGCCUCCACACGCUCACGCUGAGGCGCGCCAUACCGGUGGCCUCGGGGGACGAUGACGACGACGCCGCGGUGCAGGUGACGGGGCUGGCCGCGGGCGAGAGCCUCACGCGCCUGUCGCUCGCGCGCUACGGGCUGGCGCGGGCCGGCGAGCUCGACGGUCUGCUGCGGCACUUCCCGCGGCUCACGCGGUUGGAACUCGAUUCGGUGCCACUUCCCGCGCUCGCCUUCGAUGCGCUCCAGCAACACGAGGCGCUCAGUGAACUGUCAUUGAGCAACAUCGAAUGCGAGCCCUUUGCCAUGAGCUGUGCAGGGUUUCCCAACCUGACGGCCUUACAGCUCAACGGCAAGUUCAUCACCGCCCUGCGCUUGAACAACCACCCAACGCUCGCGCGCGUCGUGGUCGCCAACUCCUCGCGCCUGGUCGCGCUCUCUGCGCUCGGCUGCCCCAGCCUGUACCAUCUGCACAUCGAGAGCUCAGGCGGCGCCGCCGAUGGUGAUCGGCUCGCGCUCGCCAUCGACUGCCCGUCCCUGCUGCGCCUGUCCUUGUACGGCGUCCGGUCGCGCUCGGUCGACGUCGCGCCGCUGCGGUGCCCGAAGCUGCGACACCUGGUCCUGGACCGCGUGGACCACCUGCCGCUGAGCGUCGUCGAACAGGUCUUCGUCGAGUGCCCCGAUCUCGCCACCGCCAAGUUGACCUCGUGCGGGGUGGAGCGGGAGGACGUGGAGAGGCUGUGCCAGCCGCGCAGGUCGGGCGAGGAGCUGCAGGUCGCGUGGGGCCAGGACGGUGAAGUCUUCGAGUGGCCAUGA